AUGGCACUCGAGAUUUCUUCCACUUCGAUUUAUAGUGAGAUCGAUAAAAGAUUGAAAGACCUGGAGUUCAAACAAUCAGGUAAGGAUCUCAGAACUCUUAAACAGAUGCUUGAAGCAACGCAAGCAAAGAGAUCCCUGAAGACCCAUAAAGAAGAACAAACAGCAAACUUGGGUUCUCAGAAGCAACCUCUUAAGCAUGUAAAAGUUCCAUCCAAGAUUCCGAGUCCUUCCACUUCGAUUUACAGUGAGAUCGAUAGAAGAUCGAAAGAUCGAGGGUUCAAACAACCUGGAGAGGAUCUCAGACUACUUCAACAGAUACUUGAAGCAACGCAAGCAAAGAGACCCCUGAAGACCCAUAAAGAAGAACAAACUGCAAACUUGGGUUCUCAGAAACAACCUCUUAAGCAUGUAAAAGUUCCAUCCAAGAUUCCGAGUCCUUCCACUUCGAUUUACAGUGAGAUCGAUAGAAGAUCGAAAGAUCGAGGGUUCAAACAACCUGGAGAGGAUCUCAGACUACUUCAACAGAUACUUGAAGCAACGCAAGCAAAGAGACCCCUGAAGACCCAUAAAGAAGAACAAACUGCAAACUUGGGUUCUCAGAAACAACCUCUUAAGCUUGUAAAAGUUCCGUCCAAGAUUUCGAGUCCUUCCACUUCGAUUUACAGUGAGAUCGAUAGAAGAUCGAAAGAUCGAGGGCUCAAACAAUCUGGAGAGGAUCUCAGACUACUUCAACAGAUAGUUGAACCACUGCAAACAAAGGGACUAUUGAAGACCGACAAGUUGGUCCAAGAACUAAUAAGACUGAGCUCAACUCAUGAUGAAGCCAGUACAGAUUACAUUACUUCCCUUCGUGAGAAUACGAAUCCAGAUCACAGAUACAUUUCUGAGAUAUUAUUAGCCUCUGGCCUUCUACUGAGAGACCUAGGUUCUGGCACGAAAACGUUGUUUCAGCUCCAUCCAUCAGGCCAUCCGAUCAACCCGGAGCUAUUAUUUGUUUUGGAGCAAACCAGAGCAAGGUUUUUUCUAUCAGAAGAAGUUCGUAACUAUAGAAACGUUUCGCUUUUAAAGCUGGACCGCGUCCGUCGGAAGCUUGUAUUUGAUUCGGUAAAUGAGAUUCUUGUUGGAAAGUUGGCUCUAUUGGGAGCCUCUGCAGAGCCUUGGAUUAACUCCGGAAAGCUGGCAACGAAGACCCUCAAUGCACAAAAGCUUCUAAAGGAACUCUGUACGGAUAUAGAGCAGUUUCAAGCCAAGAAAUCAAACAGCAACACGGAGGAUGGUCUGAAAAACAUAUUGUGGGAAGAUUUUACGUGUCAAUUCAAGAGCUGGACGGAUUUCAACGGCGAGAUUUACGGGAUGAUUCUCAAUGUUGAACAGAUGGUCUUUAAGGAUUUAGUCAACGAGAUCGUGAUCGAGGAAGGGGGUAUUUUACUAUCCAAUCAACAACGCAGACGACGUUUGCAAAAAAACAGUCCUGUUACUUCUUCCACUGUUCUGAUUUAA